UGGAGUUACCAUUCUUUAAAUCAUGUAUAUACUUACUAUUAAAAGCUUUAACAUGAAAUCAUACUAGUACAUCACAAAGUGGACGAGGAAAUUAUUAACUUUAUUUCCCUUACGUAAAGCUACAUAACAGUAUUUUUAACUUGACAUAAUGAGCCAGUUACAAGUACAUAACAGAAAAGUUAUAAAUAGAGCACAAAAAGGAGAUUUACUGGAAUUUCCCAGAGGAGUGUACUCGCACUGGGCUGUUUAUAUAGGAAACGAGGAGGUUGUACAUUUAGCCGGUAUAAAUAAUGAUGGAAUCAAUGGGAACUUAAACCCUAGCCACGUCUUUUCCAUUUGUGGGAAGAAAUUCGACAAGGCUGUGGUCAAAAAGGAAAGCUUCUGGAAGGUAGUUGGGGAUUCUGAGGCAAAAAUAAACAACGAAAAAGAUAGGAAAUGCAGACCACAUCCAGCGCACAAAAUUGUCCAAGAAGCUUUGAAGAAAUUAGGAGAAAUCGGUUACAAUGUUUUCUGGAAGAAUUGUGAACAUUUUGCAGCCUACUGUAGAUACGGCGUGAACUGGUCCGAGCAGGCUGACAAAGCCCUGGGUGCCAUUAUGUGGACGGGAGCUGCUGUGAUGGUCGGUGGUUUACUAAUGGGAGCUUUUGGUGGGAAAAAAGAAAACCAAUAGAAUUUUUGUAUUACAAUUACAUUUUCCGAGUUUCCAGCAAUGAACAAAAUUUAUCGAUCAAACUCUGUGCAUACAAUAGCUUUUAUCUUGAAAGAAUACUUCAUUAAAACUGAACAUUAUUCAUAAAUAGGCACUGUCAAAUAGGGCAUAUAAACCCUUCAAAUUCAUUACACGUACCUUGUUGCACACUUGAAACCUGUGGCCGAAGUGUACUUUUCCUAUCGAAAUUAUUAUUUUCUUUUUUUUUUUGCAUUUAUUCCAUGCUUUAUGUGCAUUUUCUGUUUAUGAUAAUUCAAUUAUUUGUAUAUUUAAUGUUACUAUUCUUCUGGCUCUGAAAAAGUGCGAAAAAUUUAAUAUUUUCAUCGCGACCUACUACCACAGUAAUGUAAGAUGUAUGUCUUGCAGGUGAGACCUCUACACCGAAACCGAACUGAUUU